AUGCCUCCUUACACCGCACCACCCCCAAAACCCCCAAAAAAGUCGGACCCGAGGCGUUUUUUGCACGUGAGUGUCCAAGCACCUCAGAACAAUCAGGUUCCAGCUGAGCGUCCGAGAGCUGUUUCCCGCACCAGUGACAGUGACCCAGCUAAGCACGGGGAGCAGCAUGAGGGUCAGCACUACAGCAUCCCCCCGCAGGAUCUGAAGACGGUGUUUCCUCACGGCCUGCCUCCUCGAUACGCAAUGCAGGUGAAGACUUUUGGUGAAGCUUGUCUGAUGGUUAGGAAGCCAGCUCUCGAGCUUCUGGGCUACCUGAAAAAUACCAAUUUUGCUCAUCCAGCUGUACGAUAUCUUCUCUAUGGAGAGAAGGGGACAGGAAAGACCCUCAGUCUCUGUCAUGCUGUUCAUUUCUGUGCAAAAAGUGACUGGCUGAUUCUGCACAUCCCAGAUGCUCAUCUUUGGGUAAAAAACUGCGGGGAGCUGCUACAGUCCACUUACAACAAACAGCGCUUUGAUCAACCCUUAGAGGCCUCUACCUGGCUGAAGAAUUUCAAAACUACCAACGAGCGCUUUCUGGGUCAGAUAAAAGUUCAAGAGAAGUAUGUUUGGAAUAAGAGAGAAAGCACUGAGAAAGGCAGUCCUCUGGGAGAAGUUGUCGAACAGGGCCUAACGCGAGUGAGAAACGCCACUGACGCUGUUGGGGUUGUGCUGAAGGAGCUGAAGACGCAGAGCUCCCUAGGACUCUUUCACCUCCUGGUGGCUGUGGAUGGAGUCAACGCCCUCUGGGGAAGGACCACGCUGAAAAGAGAAGAUAGAACCUUGAUUGCCCCGGAGGAACUCGCCCUUGUCCACAACCUAAGAAAAAUGGUGAAAAAUGACUGGCACGGAGGAGCAAUUGUGCUGAGCUUGAGCCAAACCGGGUCUCUCUUCAAGUCCAGAACAGCCUAUUUGCCGCAUGAGCUGCUGGGAAAGGAAGGAUUUAAUGCCCUGGAGCCUUUUCUUCCCAUCCUCAUUUCCAACUAUAAUCCAAAGGAAUUUGAAAGUUCCUUUCAGUAUUACUUGGAGAACAACUGGCUUCAGCAUGAGAAAGCUUCAACAGAAGAAGGGAGGAAGGAGCUGAAGUUCCUGAGUAACUGCAACCCUGAGCAGCUGGAGCGGCUCUGCGCCUCACUGUGAGCGGACACGGAGCGGCGAGCCGGGAAGACGCCUUCCUUCCACUGCCUCACAGGAGGGAGGCCCACGGUUCCAAGCCAAGCAGCCCGAUGGCACUGACGGACGUGUGACAAUGGGAUGUCUGGUUGUCCUACAAGGAAUACCAGUUUUCUGUUAGGAUUUUUCUAUUAAAAGUAGAUCUGUUUCUAAGUAUUGUAUUAGAUUUGCCAUAAGGAAAGUUCUACACUGGC